AUGGCAUUCCUGAUGCCUGGACCCCAGGAGGCUGUUGCAUUUGAGGAUGUGGCUGUGUACUUCACGAGGAUAGAGUGGAGUUGCCUGGCCCCUGACCAGCGGGCGCUCUACAGGGACGUGAUGCUGGAGAACUAUGGGAACCUGACCUCAUUGGGCUUUCUUGUCACAAAGCCAGCAUUGAUAUCUCUCUUGGAGCAAGGAGAGGAACCAGGGGCUUUGAUUCGGCAGAUGACUGAAAAGACAGGGACCAAGGCCAGCCUAUGCACAGAUUCCAGGAUGGAGGCUGGAAUCUCGGAGUCUCCUCCGAAGAGUGACCUCUCUAGGCAGGCAGGACUGUCGGGCAGGGCUUGGGGGUGCCUCCUGGGGGAGGACCCCUCGCUACCUGAUCUGCAAGGCAGUCCGGAGCACGGAUCAGAUAAACAAUCUCCUCCUCCUCGGGAGUGUAGCAGCACCUCUCCCGGGGCUCUGCAGGAAACCCGAGGCAAGCUUGCAAGGAGCUCAGCUCCCGGGCAGAGCAGGUACAGGUGUACUUGCGGCAAGACGUUCAAGUUCAACUCGCAGUUGCUCAGGCACCAGAUCAUCCACACGGGCGCCAAGCCCUUCCAGUGCACCGAGUGCGGGAAGGCCUUCAAGCAGAGCUCCAUCCUGCUGCGGCACCAGCUGAUCCACACCGAGGAGAAGCCCUUCCAGUGCGGCGAAUGCGGCAGGGCCUUCCGACAGAGCACGCAGCUGGCGGCCCACCACCGCGUCCAUACCCGCGAGCGGCCCUACACGUGCGGAGAAUGCGGCAAGGCCUUCAGCCGCAGCUCGCAGCUGCUGCAGCACCAGAAGUUCCACACCGGGGAGAAGGCCUACGAGUGCGACGAGUGCGGCAAGGCCUUCUGUCGCUUGUUCACCCUCAAGGAGCACAGCCGCAUCCACAGCGGGGAGAAGCCCUACCGGUGCCAGCGCUGUGGGCAGCGCUUCAUCCGAGGGUCCACUCUCCUGAGGCACCGCCGGCGGCACCCCAGGGAGGGCCCCCAGGACAGCAACGCGGGGCAGAGUGUCGUGCUGGGUGCGGCGCAGAGGGCGCACGUGGGGAACCAGCCCCACGAGUGCUCCGUGUGCGGGAAGCCCUUCAGACACAACUCCCUGCUGCUCCUGCACCUGCGGCUGCACACCGGCGAGAAGCCAUUCGAGUGCGUGCAGUGCGGCAAGGCCUUCAGUCGCAAGUCCAACCUCACGCUGCACCAGAAGAUCCACACCAAGGAGAAGCCCUUCGCAUGCACCGAGUGCGGCAAGGCCUUCGGCAGGAGCUACACGCUGAACAAGCACUACCGGCUCCACAGCGGUGAGAGGCUGUAACGGUGCUGGGCCUGCGGGAGGGCCUGUAGCCGGCUGUCUGCCUUCAUCCAGCACCAGAAAGUGCAGGGCCGCGGCCGGGGGGUCGGAGACGGCGGGCCGGCACCCCGCUGA